AAUUUUCUCCAGACUAAGGCUUCAGUUCUGGCCUUUGGGGUUCAAAGUCCCUGGGACCAGGCUGUGAUUUCCACUCCCACAUCUCAAUCCUCAACCCCUCAACCCGAAGCCCAGGCUACACCUGGGACCUCCUGGACAGACUGUGCCUCCCGGGAUGCCACUGCUGCCACCACUGCUGCCACCACUGCUGCUGCCGCGGCUGCUGCUGCCGCUGCCUUGAGCCCCAAUGGGGGAGUGAGAGGCCACUGCUGGCCGGACAUGGGCCUCCCCACAGUGCCUGACCUGCUGCUGCCACUGGUGCUCCUGGCUCUGUUGGUGGGAAUAUACCCUUCAGGGGUUAUUGGACUGGUCCCUCACCUCAGGGACCGGGAGAAGAGAGAUAGUCAGUGUCCUCAAGGAAAAUAUAAGCACCCUGGAAAUAGUUCCAUUUGCUGUACCAAGUGCCACAAAGGAACCUACUUGUACAGUGACUGUCCAGGUCAGGGGCUGGACACGGACUGCAGGGAGUGUGAGAUUGGCACCUUUACUGCUUCAGAGAACCACCUCAGAAACUGCCUCACCUGCUCCAAAUGCCGAACAGAACUGCACCAGUUGGAACUUUCUCCCUGCACAGUGGACCAGGACAUUGUGUGUGGCUGCAGGAAGAACCAGUACCGGCGUUAUUUUAAUAACAACAGCCUUUUCGAGUGCAAGAACUGCAGUCUCUGCCUCAACGGCACCGUGCAUCUCGCCUGCCAGGAGAGACAGAACACCGUGUGCACCUGCCAUGCAGGGUUCUUUCUAAGAGAAAAUGAGUGUGUCUCCUGUAGUAACUGUAAGAAAAACUCGGAGUGCACAAAGCUGUGUGUACCCACAACUGAAAACGUUAGGAGCCCUCAGGACCCAGGCACGUCAGUGCUGUUGCCCCUGGUGAUCAUCCUUGGUCUUUGCCUUCUAUCCCUCCUCUUCAUCGGUUUCAUGUGCCGCUACCAACGGUGGAAGCCCAAGCUCUACUCCAUCGUUUGUGGGAAAUCGACACCUGAAAAAGAGGGGGAGCUUGACCGAGUGACGACGAAGCCCCCAGCUCCAGCCCCAGGCUUCGGUCCCACCCUGGGCUUCAGUCCCAUCCCCAGUGUGGAACCUUCAUACGUCACCCCCAGAGACGCGUCCAGUUUCACGGUUGCGUCAGCCCGCAGAGAAGCGGCCCCAGCCUCCCAGGCGGUCGACCCCACCCUCACCGCGGCCCUCCCGUCCGCCGCCAUCCGCAGCCCCCCUCCGAAGUGGGAGGACAGCGCGCACGCGCAGCGCUCGGACGAGGACGGCCCUCGGAGGGACAGGCACGAGCUGGCCCCCGCCCUCUCGGGGCGACCCUCCCCGUGUACAUAG